AUGGCAUCUGGCCUCCGCAAGGCUUCGUCACUACGCCUUGGUCAGUAUCAUCUCACUAUGGCCCUAUCACCACCUAAUGCCAAACCACUGGAGAAAAUCUUCCUCUUCGGCGACCAAGCUUACAGCACCCCGAAACGCGAUCUCAAGCGCUUGCUAGACGAUGAAGCCUUCCAACAGACCUUCCCUGAUCCCUCAUCGCCCUUCUCCCUCUUCAUUCAUCGCUGCGAGAGUGCAAUCCAGCGCGACCUGGCCCAGUUCGUCAACCCCAUGAAGGUCAAACACCUCUGCCUUUCCGGCACCCUGGCCGACAUGCUCUUGCAGUGGCAUUACCGUAACAUUGGCUACUCCCACCCGCACUACUCCGACCGCGACGAUGCCCACCGCUGCUUAGCGCUGGAUAUGGCGUUGCUUGUCGCAUAUCAGGUGCUGCUAUUCAUUCGACAUGUCGAAUCUUCCCCAUCAGCGGGACAUUACGGGAACGCUACUGUCAUAGGCACUUGCACCGGGGCACUGGCUGCUGCGGCGGUGGGGUGCAGUGCCGACUUAGCGGAGCUGGUCCCGUUGGGCAUAGAGGCUGUCCGGGUUGCCUUCAGGGUGGGUCUGGUCGUGGAUCGGGCGGCACGGGAUACCGCACCAGCCACAGGCACGAAGCAGCCUUGGAGCAUGGCGGUGUCGGCAGCGGAUGAGCGCACGUUUCAGGGUAUGCGAGUCUUCCUGCAGCGGCUCGCGGGUAAAGUUGGGAACACUGCCAGCAGCUGGUUACAAAAGGUUGACAAUAGGAAACACGAGGCAAGAACAGGGUCAUACUGGGUGAGCGCAUGGGGGCCGAACUCGGUAACGGUGUCGGGGCCGCCGGAGGUGCUAGCGGAGCUGGCGGACUCGGACGGGCUAGCGGUGCCCGGCGUGAGGAUAUUGCCGAUACCGAUAUUUGGGCCGUUUCAUAGCUCAUUGCUCCACACGAAGGAGGAUGUUGCUAGGUUGCUGGCGUUCCUGGACCCAGCGGUGGCGAGGACGCCUGCAUGUCUGACGGUAAUCUCGGCCUCAACAGGCGAGGCCCCAGAAGAGGCCGUUGACUUCGUCUCACUUAUGCGCACUGCUGUUGAUGACAUGCUUCUACGUCCGCUUCGCUGGGACCUCGUGCUACAGCGGUUUUGUGAGCGCGCCGAGACGAGUGAGAGUGGCACUGGGUUGCCGGAAGUUAUCUCGAUCGCGUCGUCCGCGGGACAGUCUCUCAACACAGCCUUGAGCCAGGCACAGAAGGGAACACGAAAACCCCGCAAGGUAAAAGAUCACGACCUGGAGAGUACGACAAUUCACCGUGUCGUAACAGAGGCAGACUUGAUGGUGGGAGACGGGCUAUACCUGGUAACGGAGGCAGAUCUGGCGAGACCGGAUCUGAGGGAGGCAGUUCAGGGGCAUUUGGUAGAGGGAAAGCGGCUAUGUACGCCGUCCGUCUUCGCUGACAUUGCCAUGACGCUUGGAAAUUACCUUAUUGAGAUACUGAAGAACCGCGAAAAGAAACAUACGCUCGGCGCUCAUAAGCAGCCCGCCCAAACGCAUGCAUAUCUCGUCACUAUUGCUGACUUGAGUGUCAGCAAGGCGUUAGUUGCUGGCAACAACGGUCCGGGGUCACAGCUGCUACAAUGCCAUGCAUACGCCGACUGGACUGUUCGUACUGCUCGGUGCAAGUUCGCCGUUGUGAGCCGCUCUGGCAAGCCCCAACAGCACGCCGAAUGCACCAUUCGUAUCACCGACGUCUCCAUUCUAUCCCUUUUUGAACAAUACUCUUCCGGCGAAUCUCAUCGUAUCAAUGUGUCCUCUCUGCGUUCCCGGCCCGGCACCACUCACAUCUCCGGCAGCAUGGCCUACAGGGUGGUCUCCUCUCUAGCCGAGUUUCACCGCAAUCACCGACUCGUUCAAUCUCUGGUGCUCGACCAGCACACACAUGAGAUCGCCGCCCUCAUCCGUUUCCCCGGCGAUCUUUCUGGUCAUGGCGACUACACUGCGCACCCAGCGAUAAUCGAUGCCUUUACGCAGCCAGCUGGGUUCUGUCUCAACCUUGACGACACGACCGAUCUAGAGCACACCGUUUACAUCAACCACGGCUGGGAGGAUAUGCUCCUGUUCGAGGUAAUCGACAUGGGGCUUGAAUACACGGUGUAUGUGCGCAUGCAACAAGUUGGCCGGACACGGAAGUGGACGGGUAACAUCAUUGUCCUUCGCGAGGACAAUAUCGUGGCGGCUUUCCUACAGUAUUCCGUGAACGCUUUCCCGCGGCGCGUGUUCAGCAAUAUGCUGAGCCAAGAGACCAAAAUAGCUGAGAAGAUGGCCACAACAUCCUCAAGGGUGCUGCAAACAGCCGUGCCGUGUAGUCCGCCCCAGACGCCGAAGCCGCCGAAGACGCUCAGAAUACAGACAAAGCCCGCGGAUGGGGCGGGCCAGGGGAUCUUCCCUCCAAGCCCGGUGUCACCAGAUGAUAUGAGCAGGAAAGGGCCGUCUGUAUCUCCACAACGAAACCAACAGUGGUUGUACGGUGGCGACUCGCCUACGAUGGCGACUUCUUGUAAUGCAACACCACGUAGCUUCGACAUGUCCCUUACCAUCCCCGACGUUCAGACACAGGACAAAUCAUCCACCAUCGCCAUUCCCCCGUGCAAGUCUGUUAUCCUCCAAGGCUUCCCAAAGACCGCCCACACAAUUCUCUUCCUUUUUCCUGACGGCUCCGGCAGCGCUACAUCGUACGCUUCUCUUCCGCCCGUUGGUGUUGGCGUCUGCGUCGUCGGCCUAAUGUGCCCGUUCCUACGUGGCGACACGGCCACGAUGGCGUGCGCGCCGCUCGACCGGCUCUUAGGCGAGGGCUACCUACCUGAGAUAUUGAGGCGGCAGCCGCCGUCACCUCAAAAAGGAUAUGUGCUCGGAGGCUGGUCUGCAGGCGGGUCGCUCGCGUUUCGGGCUGCACAAAUGUUGGGCGAGAGAGGUUGCAGGGUCGCGAAGCUGAUGCUGAUCGAUGCGCCGCCGCCUCACAACGGUAUGGAUAGGCUGCCGAGGCAUUUUUAUGAGUAUUGUGAGCGAUUGGGUGUUUUUGGCGGCUGGGGUGAGGGUAAAGGCAACAGUGACUUGCCAGCGUGGUUGAUACCGCACUUCGAAGGGACAAUCGGACUGCUCGAGAGAUACUGCGCUACGCCAUUGGUAGUGCCACUGGGACAAGAACUGAGAGUAGACGUGAUCUGGGCAGGGGAGAGCCUUGUUGACCGGCCGGGGGCGCCGCCGCUAUCACCACAUCCGGAUGAUACAGAGGGAAUGAAGUUCUUGACAGUGCAGAGGAAGGAUUUUGGGCCGAACGAGUGGGUGAAGCUGUUGCCAGGGGCAAAUAUCAUAUGCCACAGAGUUGAGGGAGCGCACCACUUUUCGUUGAUGAGAGAGCCAUUUGUAUGGCGACUAGCACAGUUCGUGAGUGAAGGCCUUCAAGAUGUGCAGGGGACAGGUGCGCCCCGCAAAUGGACGCAGCAUGGCCAGUGA